AUGGCACUUUCGGAACCAAAGGCUAAGCGGCCAUGUCCAGUCCAUACAAAGGGGCUCCUCGAUGAAGAGGAAGAGGAUCGCCUUGCUAAGAAGCUACUUGGUGAUAUCCAUGAAAGAUUGGAGCAGUCAUCCUCAGACGACGACGAUGAUACAUGUAUAGAAGAGGAUCCGCGUGUGAGCUCGAGCUCAGUUUGGCGUGAUGAUGACGACGCUGCUGAUCAGGUUCAAAUUCUU